GCCCCCAGCGGCACCAACAUGGGGCUUAAGCUGUCCUGCCUGAAAGGCUUUAAGACCUGUGUCAGCGCCAGUGGCAGCCACGACGAGGCCCCGGUCCUGAGUGACAAGCACCUGGACGUGCCUGACAUCAUCAUCACGCCCCCCACGCCCACGGGCAUGGUGCUGCCCCGGGACUCCAGGCGGACAGAUUGGCUGGACGAGACGGGGUCUUGCCCAGACGACGCGGAGCUGGACCCUGAGGCGUAAGGAGGAGGCUGGACAGACCUGCCCGGCGGCUCCCGCGGCACCUCGCUUGGCAUCCAGGCCUCAGCUGCCUGCGCAGAUGUGCUGAACAGCUGGGUGGGGACCUAGAAGCCGGCCCUGACCAGUGGGUGGCAGGGUGAGCGCAGGGCGCCGGCACCAGAGCACUGCUGAGAGGACAGAGGAAGAUGACGACGACAACGCCGGACACCCCUGUGCCGCUGCUGCGCCGCGUGGCGAUGGGAGAGGCCCCUGCCCGCGGCCAUGGUGGUGCUGCUGGGAGCAAGGGGCACAGCGGCUUGCAGACAAACCCUGCCCCCGAGGCCAGCAACAAGGACUUCUCAGAAGAGGAGUGGCUCCAUUUUUUACGAGUUGUUUUACAGAUCCUGACACAGGCCCAGGGGUGAUUUAUAAGUCCUUUUUUGCAUUAUAAAUAAAGAGAGUCCCUGAGGAAUGGGGA